AUGUGGGAAGCUAAUACUGUCCUAACAGUUUAUUUACAGGAGCACUAAUUUCCAGGAGAAAAAGAAAUAUUUUUAUUUUUUUCAUAUUCUCUUUUUGCAAUGCCAGGAAUAGCAUUAAUUGCAUUUUUAUUUUUCGAUAAUAAAUUAGGUGCUUUACUUUAUGGUUGCUUGAUUUAAGCAAUUUUUGCAGAAAAUUCAGUUCUUAAAAAUCUAUACCAUUAAGCACGCCCAUAUUUUAUUGAAGACUCUAUUUAACCAUAUGAAUGUAAUAAAGAAUAUGGGAAACCUUCAGGUCAUGCAAUGUCAUCAUCAGCUAUGUGUUUUCUAAUACCUUGUAUAAUAUUUCCUGUUUUUUUAAAGGAUCAAUAAAAGUAAUUCAAAUUUAUGAAAUAGUUACAAGUACCCUUUGCAUUUAAGAAUAAUUGUAAUGUUUAUAGUCACAGUUUGGACAUUUAUGACAGGAUUCUCUAGAGUUUUUAUGGGUGUUCAUUCUUUUGGAUAAAUCUUACUAGGUUGGGUUUAUACAGCCUAUACGAUUAUAAUAUAUAUGCAUUAUUUUCAUACUCCAAUAUCUAAUUACAUUAAGUAAUGCUUAUAACCAGGAUCCUAAGGAGUAUCAAGUAAAGUGAUUAAAGGAGCGGGAUUAUUUGCAUUUGGAUGGACUUGUUUAUCAAUUUUAAUCUUUGAAUUCAAUAACAAAAUAUUUCUAGAUGAAGAUGAAGUGGAAAUUUGGUUAGAUGCUUUGUAUUAAAAAUGUCCAAAUUAAAAAACUCAUUAUAAUAUCAAUAGUCCAUAAGUUUUACAUAACGUUUGUUUUAGUUUAAGCUUAUAUAUUUGGUUUCCUUUCAGUUUCAUUUUAGGUGUUAAAUUAACUAGAGGAAUUUAUAAUGAAAAUCAAUUUAGUAUUCAUUACAAGAUGCUUACUUUCUGGUAAAAACUAAUUAGAGUAUUGAUACUACUUUUAUUGCUUUCAACUUUGAUUCCAAUAAUUUUAAUCAAAUAUUAAAAUACUUAUGCAGAAGCAUUUGGAAAGGUAUCAAUAUUUUGAUUAAUAAGAUUCUUACAAUAUCUAUUUUAGGUGGAUUGAUAAUCACCUAUGUCUAUUCUUAAAUUUUAAAUUACUUCAAACUUACAAUUGAAGGAGAUUUUAUAUAAAUAUCACCCUAAUUAAUUUCAACACCUGAAGGAUAUAAGGCCAGUGAAUUAGGAUAGAUAAACUUUUGA